AUGGAGAUUACGCACAGGAAGGGGUCGAUAAGGAGGGGGAGUGUGGAUGGCGCGGCGGAAGCGCAGCUUGCGAAGAUGGGGUAUCAGAGUGAGCUACCCAGGAAUUUGAGCAUGUUGAGUGUGCUUGGGCUAUCCUUCGCUAUCAUGGCAGUCCCCUUCGGUCUCUCCACAACCCUCUACAUCACCCUCACAGACGGGCAAUCCGUGACGAUUCUCUGGGGCUGGGUCCUUGUCUCCCUCAUCUCGCUCUCCAUCGCCGCCUCGCUUGCUGAAAUCUGCGCCGUCUACCCCACCGCUGGUGGUGUCUACUACUGGUCUGCAAUGCUCUCGACACGCAAGUACGCUCCCGUCGCCUCCUGGGUGACCGGCUGGCUCACCCUCGUCGGUAACUGGACCGUCACCCUCUCCAUCAACUUCUCCGGUGGCCAACUCAUCCUUAGCGCGAUCAGCUUGUGGGACGAGGACUUUGUGCCAAACGAGUGGCAGACAAUCCUGAUGUUUUGGGCCGUUAUGCUAGUGUGUAUGCUGACGAAUAUAUUUGGCGCAAAGUAUCUGGAUUUGAUCAAUAAGAUUUGUAUUUAUUGGACGGCGGCGAGCGUGGUUAUUAUUUUGAUCACGCUGUUGACUAUGGCGGAUACAAAGAGGAGCGGCGAAUUUGUGUUUGCGCAUUAUGAUGCUUCGGCGUCUGGGUGGCCUUCCGGAUGGGCAUUCUUCGUCGGACUUCUGCAAGCAGCUUACACUUUGACGGGCUACGGCAUGGUAGCAUCCAUGUGCGAAGAGGUGCAAAAUCCCGAACGCGAAGUUCCCAAAGCCAUCGUUCUAUCCGUCGCCGCGGCAGGCGUAACAGGCAUCAUCUACCUGAUUCCUAUCCUCUUCGUCCUCCCAGACGUACAGAUGCUCCUUGACGUCGCAAACGGCCAACCCAUCGGCCUCCUCUUCAAGACCGUAACAGGCUCAGCAGGCGGCGGCUUCGGCCUUCUCUUCCUCAUUUUAGGAAUUCUCUUCUUCGCCGGAACCGGCGCCCUGACAGCCGCCUCUCGCUGUACGUACGCCUUCGCCCGCGACGGCGCAAUCCCCGGCUCGCGCCUCUGGAAACGCGUAGACAAGCGCUUCGACAUCCCCCUGUGGGCGCUCGUCUUAUCUACCCUCGUCGACUGCGUCCUCGGCCUCAUCUACUUCGGCUCCUCCGCAGCAUUCAAUUCUUUCACCGGUGUCGCUACAAUCUGCCUCUCCACCUCCUACGGCAUGCCCAUCCUCAUCAGCGUGCUCCGCGGACGCCGCGCAGUCAAGCACUCCAGCUUCAGCCUCGGACGCUUCGGCUACUUCAUCAACAUCGCGACGCUGUGCUGGAUCUGCCUUGCGGUAGUGCUGUUCUGCAUGCCGGUCAGUCUUCCUGUGGAGGCCGGGACGAUGAACUAUGCGAGUGUGGUGUUUGCGGGAUUUGCGUUUAUCAGUCUUGCUUGGUAUUUUGUGAGGGGACGGAAGGACUUUAAGGGGCCGCCUGUGCCGCAAGAUGUGGCGCCGGGAGAGGAGGUGCCGGUUGUGGGCGUGGAGAGGACCGAUUUGGAGGGGGCGAGUCCGGUGAGAACUGAUGCAGAGAAGGUUACGAACGACAUUGAGAAGAUGUAG